AUGCAGCCAUCAACAUGCCUUUAUAGGGGUGAAAAGUCCACCAGUCACUGUGGAAAGACUGUGUCUAUCACAGAUACACGGGGAAGAUGUAGCGAGAUUCACAAGAUUUAUAUUUGGCAGUCUGGCAAAUCUUAUUACCUUGGACAGUUUAAGGGCAAAAGUCAAGUAGCAAACAGCACGGGAAAUGCAAGCCUUUCCAUCUUCAACAUGCAGCCCUCAGACACAGGGGUGUAUAGGUGUUCAGUGUACAAUUUCAAGGAUGGUACCGCAAGUGAAGGUGAAAAAUCAGUGUCGGUCAGCGUGCUAGUUCCUCCUUCGCAGCCCCUCUGCAGUUUUGGCUCAAGCCAUCAUUCUGAUGUUGAAAUUGGCCACUUGAUCACUUUAGCCUGCGUUUCGGAAGCCGGUCUGCCAAAGCCAGCCUACAAAUGGUACCGACUAACUGGAGAUAAAGCGCAGCCUGUCACUGAGACAUACAACCCUUCCUCAGGACGCUUGGUUCUAGGCAACUUGACCCGAUUUGAAGAAGGCUAUUACCAAUGUAUAGCUAUCAACGUCCUUGGAAACAGCUCCUGUCACAUCGACCUCACCACAAAACAUUCCGAAGGUGGCAUCAUUGUGGGAGCAUUAAUUGCGGCAAUUCUAGCCGCUGCCUUGAUAUGUCUCGUUGGUUGGAUUCUCAUCUCCAGAGAGAAGAAGAAGAGGAGAAAGCAGAAACCUGAUUCCAAGGAAAUGCAGCCUAUGCCCACAAAGUUGGAAUAUGCUGCAGUGCCCAGCGUUCCCAUGGCUGCAGUCCCACCAAACAAGGAAGCUAAUGAGAUGGGAGAACAUGGUAGCCCUGAAGAAGCCCAAGUUGCCAUAUUGCCUGAAAAUGAGAUGCAGGAAAUGGGCCAUCAACCAGUUUCCUAA